GAGCCCAUGCUCUCAUCAGUAAGCGACAGACAUGGCCGCCUGUGGGCUCCUCCGCACCCUCUGUAACAACUUUUCCACAGUUGUGCCUGCACUUACACGCUCGGCACCGCUUGCUCCUUUGCGACUGUCAUCCAGACUUUAUUUCCGAAGAACUUUAGCCUCCGCUACCCGGUUAUCAGCAGCACUUAAGUUUACAGACAAGCACGAAUGGAUUCGAGUAGAAGACGAUGGAGUCGGGACCGUCGGUAUCAGCAACUUUGCACAAGAGGCCCUGGGAGAUGUAGUUUAUUGUGGACUUCCAGAGGUUGGGACACAGCUGGCUCAGCAAGAUGAGUUUGGAGCUGUGGAGAGUGUAAAGGCAGCCAGCGAGCUGUACUCCCCUUUGACUGGAGAGGUUGUGGAGGUCAAUGCACUACUGGCAGACAACCCUGGUCUGGUAAACAAAUCCUGCUACAAAGAUGGCUGGCUGAUGAAGAUGACCAUUGCCAAGCCUGAUGAGCUUGACGCUCUAAUGGACGAGGCAGCAUAUGAGAGAUACAUUCGCUCCAUUGAGGACUAACUUAAUACCUCUUAAUAAGUGCUACUGUAUGCCCCCUCUCUCCUUUUCAAUCACAACUGGCAGGGAGAAGCACGAGAUAUGCCUAUGUCACUCACAACACUAUGUUUGGCAUCCAGUAGUGGGGUUCAUGAGCUCCGCUUUGCUGACCUGCCAGUGUAGUAGACUUGUGAACGUUAGGAAUCCUUUAUCUACUGUUUUAAGUCAGACUUAGGGGCUCUGUCAGUCUGCAAUAACUAAACAUCACAUGUCAAGUUCUUGCAGCUUCAAACCCCCAAACAGAAGGGACUGAGACACAGUCAACAGAACAGUGCCCAGGCAUUUCACUGGAAGAAAAGCUGAAUUUCUGUUCUAGAAUAAUGUUAGAUUAAAAAAGCACUUUGGUCUUUAUGGUGUUAUUAAUAUUGUUUGUCUGCGAUGCAUGUGUGAUGGCUAAACUGUGAAAAUGGGACCUGUAUAAUAGAAAAUAAACAUUUCCUGACAUAA